GAGUUGAGUUUUUCCCCGCCAUCAAUGGAAAGUCGUCUGCACUUUAACAAUAUCGACGUGUCUAAUCAGUUUUAUAAGUUUCAGCUAGAUGUGCAAAGCCGGCUGCGAGAAGAUGGUACUUUCACCAUUGAAGAACAUAUGCAACAUUUAUUAGCUUUAUCCUCAAUUCUCUUGCUAAAGCCUGCGCGCACUCAUGAAGAUUUG